AUGGGGCUAACGCUAAGAGUAAUGAUACUCUUCAUGAUGUUUUUGCACGCUUCGUCGGUGUCGUCCGUUAACGAGAAUUUCUUAAAGAUGUUCGAAGGUCAGCAGACUCCCGUUGACCCGUGUUACGAUGAAGACCGGCCUCGUCGAUGCAUUCCAGAUUUUGUUAAUGCCGCUUUCGGAGUUCCAGUGAAAGCUUCUUCGACUUGCGGACUUCAUAUCCCAGUGCAUUAUUGUGAAGCUCCAGAGCCCGGUGCUAACCCUCAAUGUCAUUUGUGCGACGAUCGGCAAGCAAAAACAAGAUUCCCGGCGACGUAUCUUACGGACCUCAACAAUCCACAGAAUGUUACUUGCUGGAGAUCAGAGCCUAUACCACCUGUUACUUCCAUCAACGCACCUCCAGAUAAUGUUACAUUAACUUUGAGUCUUGGGAAGAAGUACGAAUUAACUUAUGUCAGUCUUCAGUUUUGUCCGAAUACUCCGAAACCAGACUCAAUUGCUAUAUAUAAAAGUAUGGACUAUGGUAAGACCUGGCAACCUUUUCAGUUUUAUUCUUCGCAGUGCAGAAGAGUAUAUGGUAGACCCAAUAGAGCUACGAUUACAAAAACUAACGAACAGGAAGCUAGAUGCACGGAUGCUCAUCGUUAUACAGGUGGUGAUAUGGGAAAUUUCGGUCAAACUUCUAGAAUUGCGUUUAGUACUUUAGAAGGUAGACCCAGCGCAACAGAUUUUGACAACAGUCCAGUUUUACAAGAUUGGGUAACUGCUACUGAUAUUAAAGUAGUUUUUAAUCGUCUUCACAUGCCAAUUGAAGAUUCUUCGGACACAUUGGAUAUCUUAGUUGAUGAACGCAUGCUGCAUAAAACAUCUAGAGGAACACCAGGAAAUUAA